CUGGGUGCCAAUCUUUCCAGGGCAGGCCAGCAGGAAUCAGUUGUUAAGAAAGGGAGACACAGGUCCCCAGUUCCUCCCUGAGCCCUGGUGCUGAGGAAAGCUAUGACCUCAGCCCUGGAGCAGCUCCUGGGCUUCAGGUCCUCACCGUCUGGUGGACAGCUGUGCUUGCCUACUCGGGAGGGUAGGGACACCAACAGGGAUAAGCACAGCACCCAGAGAGCUUUAUUGGAGGAUUCAGAAAUGCAUCAUGGUCCUGAUAACAGAUGUAGCCCAGUGACAGUGCAGACGUUCAGCAUGCACCUGAGGAUGACCCCAGGACAGCAAAUAAUAAUAACAACAAAGCAACGUCUAGGAAGGGUCUUCACAGUGUCACUCGCUGUGGUCAGAGGUGGCCUCCUGAUCACCUGACUUGUCAAUCCCCUUCACAGCCAGACCUUCUCCCCCGAGGGUAUCAGGUCCUGUGACCAGGGCCACACAUGGGCAGACAGUGAGCUUCACCUGCCAGUCCCACGGCUCCUCCCCACAACAACAUCACUCUCAAGUGGUUCAAAAAUGGGAAGGAGCUCUCACACACCCAGACCAGCGUGGACCCCAGGGGAGAAAGUGUGUCCUACAGUGUAUCCAGCACAGCCCUGGUGACCCUGGCCCCCAGGGACAUCCACUCUCAGAUCAUCUGUGUGGUGGGCCACGUCACCCUACAGGGGAGCCUUCUUCAUGGGACUGCCAACUUGUCUGACACCAUCCGAGGUACAGGACCCUGCUCCCCACCUCAGCCCACACUGGCCACCCAGCCUGCUGCUCCCCAGGGGCCUUUGCUCCAGGACCUCAGUGGCCUGGGCUCUAAUUCCCAGCAGUGCUGCCACCUGCCAUCACAUGUGGACUCCUGUCCUGUGGCCAGCAUGUGCUGGUGGCUUCAUUUCAUUGACCAGCAGCAACUAAUACAACUGAGCUCCUCCCAGAGCCGAGCCUUGACGUGCAGGGAGGUUUCAUCUAUUGUACUCACUUCCUGCAGGCCAGGAGCUGGGCUUGUCAACAUCACUCACUUUUACCCUUAGGGGUCACUUGCCACUGUGGUGGCAGGCCCUGUGGUUAGUGAUUCACUCCUGUGCAAACCGCCAGUGUCUGAGCCCCUCUGCAUGCCUGGCCCUCUCCCGAAGGAGGCCCUUGCCCUGCUGGGAGGAGCUCAGCUGUCUGUGCCAUAAGGUCACAGCUUCUCCCUGUGCUGUUUCAGUUCCACCCACCUUGGAGGUCAUCCCACAGCCCACCAUGGCAGGGAACCAGGUGAACGUCACCUGCCAGGUGAAGCACUUCUACCCCCAGAGCCUACAGCUGACCUGGGUGGAGAAUGGAAAUGUGUCCAGGACAGAAACAGGCUCGACCCGCUCAGAGAACAAGGACGGGACCUUCAACCUGAUGAUCUGGCUGCUGGUCAACUCCUCUGUGCACAGGGAGGAUGUGACGUUCACCUGUCAGGUGGAGCAUGACGGGCAGCCAGCCACCACCAGGAACUACACCCUGAAGGUCUCUGCUGAUCCCAGGGAGCAACCCCUGGUGAGCCCUCUCCCAGCUGAUUGAAUGCUUUAAACUUCAUCUUGACUCUGUGUGUUGUGAUGUGAGAGCAGUGACCCCUCCUUCCCACAGGGCACCCAGAGCCUGGGAACACAGCAGCGUCUUAGUCAGCUCCCCACACCCACACUCUGAGGGUCUCCUCUGUAGGGUUGGGCACACAUCUCAUGGGGCCUUCA